AUGGUUCGAUCUAUGAUGAGUCAUGCAGAUCUUCCACCAUCUUUUUGGGGAUACGCUCUAGAAACGUCUGCGUUUACGCUGAAUAGAUGUCCAUCAAAAUUAGUUGAGAAGACUCCAUAUGAGAUGUGGACUGGAAAGAACAAAGAACGAGAUGGGCGGGACUAUUACGGGAAGGGCAAAGGGAAGAUGAGUGAAGCACAAGACUCUAAAGUAAAGGUGGCUGAGAAAGUACACAGAAGGUAUCCUAAUUAUAAUGGACACUACAGAGGAGAUGGUGAGGGGUCGCGGUACAACUCUGCUCGCAGAGAAGAUGCGAGAAAUGGCUCUCAAGAAGGACAAAAGAAGCCCUCCUCAGAACAGACAAGAGCGCAUCAUUCUCUGAGUGGUUCACGGGAGGAAACUCGAGAAGAGGGUGAGAUCAAUGCCACGGGACAGGAGGACUCGAUGCUACCUUCUAUCUAG